GUAUAAAUCGUGAUGGUUGGUGGAAAAGUGAUUAUUUAGUUGAUCAGAUAACUCUAUUCAUGUUUGAUAAUAGUAGCAAUCAUGGUUCAUUUGCUGAAGAUACCCUUUUGGUCUCACAAAUGGGCAUGGGUGAUGGUACAAAAAAACCACUUCUUCGUAAUGGUGUAAAACCUGAUGGUACCGAGCAUAUAAUGACCUAUGUAGAUAAGAAUGUUCUUGAAGAAUUCACUCAUGACUAA